UAGCACCUAAGGACAAUUCAUCAUGCCAUCAUCUUUCUGCCUUAAGUGUUACAGUUGUGUGUAUAUAUAACUCUGUAUGUGUCCCUAAAGUAUAUAUGUAAAUAUAUAGAUUGAGGCACUUGUUCUCUCUCCUCUCUUCCAAACCCGCUUCUUCCACAGUUGAGUGUUUCAUCUGAAACACUUCAGAUUAAUUUUGUAAUUGUUUUCAGUCAGACUCAGAUGGUUUAGUUUUUUUAAUGUGAGGUAGUUGGAACUCUGGCUAAUGAAACUUUUUGUUUGACUUCAGUGUGAAAAUGUGGCUGUCUUCUAGAACUUGUUACUACCAGUAAACACUUCUUGUUCUCCAGUUUCCUAAAACUGAGUUGUGUACAUAAUUGUUCUUAGACAACCAAAGGAUUGGGAAAAUGGAACUUUUGGGAUGACUGCAGUAAGAAAUGUUCAUCAGUACCUCUGUAUCAAAUGUCUUUCCAAAUAUGAAGCAGAUUAUGUGUUGCACAUACUUCCUUGCAGACUUACAGAACCCGUUUAUGAGUAAUUUAGUUAACUUUGGCAGCUGUUGUGUGUAGUGUUAAAGCCAGUUUACCUAUAGCUUACAAACUGAUAUGAGUUCUACUGACCGAAAAACUCAUGGACUAAUUUAGCUUGCUUUGAACUUUUUAGCAUGCUGUUUUACCCUACACUUUAACUGUGUUUGUCAGUCGAGAUUGUAGUUGUGCAUUGGUCUUUGAAAUAAAUCCUUUAAGAUAUGAUCUUUCAACUUCUGCUUCAUUCAGCUUCUAGAUCUAAGAGGAGUGUGGAUCUUCUAGUCAAUGCCUUGCAGCUGCUAAGGCAAAGAUUUAAGGUUGAAUUAUGUUAUCAAGAGGUGUGCCUGUGGGUAGAUCUACUCCAGAGGUUUUGGUUUGUGUCGAGGGAACCCACCUUUCACUAGCACCAAAAUCAUAUGCUAGGAGGAUUUUUUUUGCCAAGCGCUCUUCCAAAGUGCCUUUCCUAAGCUGACAAAAUCAGUGUUGGCGUUAUAUUUGUGUUGGUGAUGAACUGUGGAUUUCUCUGUGCUAGCAAAACCAUGCCUGAAGCUUAGAAACACAGUGUAUUCUGCUAGUGUGUAAAAGAUAAUUGGCUGUAGAUUUUUUUUCAUGUUCAACAUGUGGAACAUAACAUUUUUUUCUUGUUCUCUUUCAGUUUAGGUCUAAUAUCAGAUUCUUUCCAUAUGUUUUUUGACUGUACUGCUCUAUUGGCUGGAUUAGCAGCUUCAGUUAUUUCAAAAUGGAGGUCAAAUGAUGCUUUCUCAUAUGGGUAUGUUCGAGCAGAAGUACUUGCUGGUUUUGUAAAUGGUUUAUUCCUCAUCUUUACAGCGUUCUUCAUUUUUUCUGAAGGCGUUGAGAGAGCACUUGAGCCUCCUGAUGUACAUCAUGAGAGACUUCUUCCUGUUUCUAUACUAGGAUUCAUUGUAAAUCUUAUAGGAAUAUUUGUUUUUCAGCAUGGAGGUCACGGGCAUUCACACGGAGCUGGGCAUGAGCACAGUCAUUCUCUGUUUAAUGGUGGUCUCGGCCAUGGGCACAGCCACGGAGGUCAUGGGCACAGCCAUGAACAGAAACAUGCACAUGGACACAGUCAUGGUCACGGCCAUGGGCACUCUCAUGGUCAGGAUUAUUGUCAUGAUGACCAUUCUCUUGAAGCAGUGGCUGGAUCCAGCAAACAGAUUUUACAAGGUGUAUUUCUACACAUUGUGGCAGACACGCUCGGAAGUAUUGGUGUGAUCAUAUCUGCUAUAUUGAUGCAGAACUAUGGUCUAAUGAUAGCAGAUCCUAUUUGUUCAAUGCUGAUAGCACUACUUAUAGGUGUAAGUAUUGUUCCACUUUUAAAAGAAUCCAUUGGGAUUUUGAUGCAGCGAACUCCUCCUUCCUUGGAAAAUGCCCUGCCUCAGUGCUACCAGAGGGUGCAGCAGUUGCAAGGAGUUUACAGUUUACAUGAUCCACAUUUCUGGACCCUCUGUACUGAUGUUUACAUAGGGACUUUGAAAUUAUUAGUAGCUCCUGAUGCUGAUGGAAGGUGGAUUCUAAGCCAGACUCACAAUAUUUUUACUCAGGCAGGAGUAAGACAGCUUUACAUACAGAUUGAUGUUGCAGCCAUGUAGUGAAUUUCUGGAAUUGUGCUGUUGGACCAAAGUUUUCAGUACUGUACUGGUACAACAACCUACUUCUCGAGACAGAGCCUGCCUCCACCACUGUUCUGGAAUCGACUGAAGAGAUUUCUGCCCUUGGGCUAUGGGUGGAGUUCACUUCUAAGGAGUAAAUAUUGAAUGAAUGUUAUGGACUUUGGGUCUUGGUUUUUUUGGGGCCCCCAAACUUGUAAGUUUUUGAGGGGUUUUUACUUAAUAAGAUUGCGGUACUGGAAACCCUGUCAUGUCUUCAGUAAAGCUGCUGAAACCACUGCUCAUUCCCAUAAAACCAGUGUUAUCGACAAUUGGAAACUUGUUUUGUAGAUGACGUCACAAUGGCUGACAUGCUUCAAUAUAAUUGUAUGUUUGUACAAUUGUUUGUACUUUGCAAACUUAAUGAACCAAACCAUAUUGGGUUUUCAAAGUGCCUUUUAUAUCAGGAGAGCUAUUUGCCAGCAUAAAUAUGGAGCAUCAAAGGGUUUUAUUACUUUUACAAAUAAUCUUGUAUGCAGUCUGAUUAUUUACUAGUGAUGUAUGUGGGGGGGUUGUGUACUUGCAUAACUGUAGAUGUUAGACUUCCAUUAUACUUGCAUCUUACCAGACAGAAGAAUUCUAAAUGUAAAAGACAAAGCUGUUGUGAAGAGACUUGCUUCCAAAAUAAGCUGGGUAUUUUGUUACAUGUCUUGUGAAAAUUAUUUUCGUCAAAAUAUUAAGAUUUAACUCCAAUUCUUAGUCUCUUCAUACUGUUGAAAGUAACGAGACACUACAUGAUGCUACUCAUGUUUAUAGUCACUUAAGAAACAGACAGCUGAGGGAAGAUGCUGGUGAUGGAAGCAGUGCUUGAAGUUUUUCAUUUUCCAAAUCCUGGUGGAAAAAACUAAAUCUUGAAAUUGUGAAAGCGUAAAUCUCCUUGAUUUUAAUAGGUUGUAAUAAUUUUUAUUAAAGUGAUUGGUGAGAUAAUUUUUGCCUUUCCAAAUACUGAAAAUAGUUGUUCCUGGUGGCUAUACCCAAAACAGAAAUAAGGACCGUGUUUCAUAUUUAAGAUUAUGUUUUUCCCAGGUUGACAAGUCUGAUAUCUUUGACUAUCUUACUGUAGCUUUUGUAUGUUUUCAUGGGGGAGAAAGUUCUUAGUGCAGCAUGGCUUGGUUGGUUGGGGUUUUUUCCAGAAACAUUAGUCUGUCAUAUUUUUCUACCAUUUAUAAUCAUUUUGCUCAGAUAUCUGAGUGUUGUUUUCAAAACAAAUCUGCUAUACUUGGUAUUACAGAUGAUAGUUCCACUAUGCUGUAGUUGUUAACUUAUAAUGGAAGAGUUUUUAAGAGGACAUUUUCCAAACAGAACACUGUGGAGUAAAAAACAAGGCAGGCAUUUUUCUGAUAAAUCAUAGCUGCCACUGACUGGUAUGGAUUUUAAGUAUUUUUUUGGUACCUGUUAUGUGGUAAUAGUGAAAUGAAGGCCCUCUGAAGGUGACAGUGUCUGUGUAGUAAGUGCUGGGCACUACAAAAUUACUGAAGGUUGAUUUGCAGAAAUGUUUGCCGCUGAUAUUGCUGAAUUCGUAGCAGAUAUGAAGAGUUUCUUGCAUUCACUCAGUUGCCAAACUGAUAGGUGGUUCCUGACUUUUCCAGAUGGGAUAUUGAAACAUGAAUGUUGAUUUUGUACAGAGCUUAGGGGUGUACUCUUGUGCUUGGAACCCAAAACUGGAUGCAAAGAAAAAUAGCAGUACAAAGCCACAUAUAUUACUGCUUUUAAGCUUUAUAGUCUCUUCCAGCCUUCAGAUCUUCUUUAUCCCUGUUGCUGGUUUCUCAUCCUGUUGGCUGCUCCUGGGGAUGUGGGUGCAGAGUGCCCUCUCAUCUGGCUGCACCGCUCCACAUCUCUCUUCUGGCCUCCUGCCUGGCGCUCUGUCAGGCUCUCUCCCCAUCCCACCUUGCAGAUCCCCUGCCUGGCCCAGACUUUCCUGACUGAAAGAUGGGAUCUGGGAGUUGCACAGCACAGGGUGGGUGCAACAAUCUGUUGAGCAGAUUUGAGCAUUGCAGUUUAAGAUACCAUGUGCAUGUAUGUUCACAGAAAAGGUGAUUAAAAUCUGGUUGUGAUUAUAGGGUGGAGUUACUGUUUUGUAGUGUGUUGCAUAUAGACUGCUGCUUGUUGGCUGACAGCAUGACUUCCUCAUUUUUCAGUAGUUAGUGGUACUGCUAUUUGAGGCUAGAGAAGAUCAACUGAUACUACUUUAAAGGCAAGCACCAGCCAACUUCAAUGCCAUUGUGUCAUGAUCCAAGAGCAGGCUUUGGUUUAAAUUUUUAUACCAGCAUGUUUUGGGACUGGGUAUUCCUGGACUUGAUAAAAUACUGUAGUGCUGCCCUAGUCACUGAGCUUGGCCACUACUUUAGUUUUCUUAAUGAAAAGACAACUGCUACUAUUUGUUCCCAAGUGACAAUCUGGCCAAGUGGCAGUUGGAUUUUUUUGAUGCUGGUAUUUUUUUAAAUGUACAUCUACAGACUUUUUAAAUAUGGCAAAUGGAGUGAAAAAGCCUAUAAGCCAGUUAUAAUUAUAAAAACAAUUUUAAUUACUUUUUUUAUUUGUUUUGCUUAUUAUGAUAUAUCAGAUUGUUGGAAGGAUAUGUACAAGUCUGAGUUUUCUAACUAAGAUAGCACUUCGUUAUUUUUAAACUUGGUGUUUUAUAGUAAGAAAUGUAUCAUUUGUUUGUCAAAUAUUAUUGGGGAUAGUGUAGGGAAGCCAGAUUUAAAAUAGACUUUAAGCCUUUUUAGGCUUUCUGAAAAAGGAUAAGCAUCACAAAAUGUUACAGAAGACAGUAUAUGACAUGUUCAGUAGGUAACUACAGUCAUAUCUAGUAUGUCAGUAAACCAAGUGACAUCAGAUUUAUUUUUUUCACUUACUGAGGGGAUACUUGCUCAGGUUUUAGGAGAGUACAAAUCACGCAAAUGACAGUGCAGCUUUUCUUACCCUGAGAGCCAAAGGACCAUUACUUUGUGUUUUGCUAAUUACCUAACACUUGGCUGCUUAUGUAACACUUUGCUUUUGACACUUUAUUGGAGAUGCAUGGCAUCAUUUAAACAAAGCUUUGUGUGAGUGGCUGACAUCCAGAGAUGGAUGAACGUCCGCAGAUCAUCUGCUAAAACUCAGCUUUCUGGUAUUCACUACUGAAUUUUGAAUGAAGUUUUCAAUUUAUGGUUUUCUCAUGUUUUCAUGUAGCUGAGCUUACUAUGGGGUUAAACGUAGUCUGUCUUUGUGGUUUGUUUUUUUCUGUGACUGAAACCAGUAACUUACAACCCUGUUGUCCCAAAGACCAAGCCUGCAAACUGCACGAUUUUUAGCGCCUACAGCAAAAUAAGAAGACAAAUGCUGCAGAGUGUCUGUAUGAAAAUGCCCCAGUGUUUUUUAUGGUAAAUAACAGUGGAAGAAAACUACUCUUAUGAAUAUGCACAGUGAAGACUGGUCCUUUAUAGGCUAAUCCGGUAAGUCUACAGAUAUGUACAAGACUGGCUCCUUAGAUGAGCUGGGCCCCUACAGAGAGCUGAGUUACUUGUGUGAUUUGCUAAACUAAGGCAAAAAGUGCAAGAAGCAAAUAAAUGACUCUGGUUUUUAUGUAAUACUGCUUACUAAAACAAAAGUUUAGUUGCAUCAUUAGUAAGAGCUGCUUACUCUAUUUUUACAUAAAAAUUGAAGCUGCUGCUACUAAUAAAAUGGACAUUAGUGACUCUUAACAUUCUUAAUUUUUUAAGUAAAACUGGCUUUAAAGGUGAAGGAAAGUAAGGGUAUCUCUUUUUAACUGUUGUAAGUGAACCUGUUUUGGGAAUUCAGAGAAGAUUCAAGAGGGGAGAGAAGCUGCUGCUGACCUGCAGUUUUCCACCCUUUGCACACACUCUGCAUUCAGAUUGUAAAGUCUAUGGCGUUUCUCUUAGUGCAGAUUUCAGUUGCAGUUGCACAGUGCAAAUUUUCAGUUGCAUGCUUCUGUAAAAUGCAAACUCUUCUCUCUCUUCAUGAAACAAGGUCUUUAAAUACCAGUUCAGAGCAACAGUUUUAUUUAAUAAUUAAGCCCUGUCCUGUUUCUUCCAGAAGCCAUCAGACUGCCACUUGCUAUGAUUCUUGAUUAUUCACCCCUUUAAGCAGGAUUUUCUUUUUUCUCUUUUUUAAUAAUCUGUCUGAUCCCUAAUACUGACUCAGUAGUUAAUUCCUCCUUUACACUUCUACUCCCUUUUGGAUUUGUCCCCCAUUCAGGCUUUGUUGCAGUGACCAUUCCUGUUGGGACUCCAUUGGCCAGACACUGCUAUAAUGUGAAGAUGCCAGUCAUGCUUUGCUGUGCCUGGCAUGUGAAGACUGUCUUGCUGUGUGCACACACUGCUUAAUCUGCUUCUCUGUUUCAGUGAGCCACAAAAAGUUCCUGCCUCUGUGGUAAUUUGGCGGAAAUAAUAAGUAAAAGGAGGUGGGUAUUUCACUUCCCAUGUGCAUUGGAGUCUCUCACGUGUAUGCUGGGAUCUUGUACAAGAGUUAAGUGAAUGGCUACAGUAUUUUGGCUGAAGUGUGAAAUAAUGUGAAUGAAGCAAUUGCCAAAAUCAUUCCUGGUAGCAGAUAGCAUAUUGCUUACCUUUACCUUUAAAUUACAGGAAUUACUCUUAGCAGUGAGCUAAAGUUGAAUAGCACAGUGUGUCAAAGUACCUGUGAAGAAAUCAUAAGGCAGCUCACUAAAAUUCUGAAGACUCUGUAUGAUUUGUUCUGGAAUGCUAAUGUUAGUAGCUUAGCCAUGACUUGUCCCAAGUGCAAUAUUAAAAAAUUUUUAAUGUAAUCUUUUCUACUUGAAUACAGUCUAUAUAAAAUGUUAAAUAUCCUAUAUUGCUGACGAGAUAUGGGAUCAAAUUUCUUUCCAAUAAAUCUUCAGUUUAAAAAAAAAAAUGCAUACAGGUCUGCUUUGUUCUCAUCUUACCGUGAAGACUAGUUGAAAUAGUGACCACCAUCAUCCACCAGCUGAUUUUAAAGAGAAUUCUUGCAGUCUGCUGAGACUUGGCUUAAGGUUAAUUGUGGUUGUUGCAGUUAAGAGUCCAGCCCUUUGUGAAUGCUAGCAUUAACAUGAAGAAAUCCAGUUCUAUUUUAAGUUGCAGCCUUCUGAAAUAAGAAAUUCUGUGCAGCUUCUCCAUCUGUUUCACCAGCUGAUCAAAGGGUAAGUUCUUGUUUUUCUCGGUUUAGAGCAUUCUCACUUGUCUGUAUUCACUCUCCCAAAGUAAAGAUGGACACA